AUGAACUUCAAUGAAUAUCGCUCAAACCCAUUGAAUAGAAUCAUAGGACUUUCUGUGAUUCUUGCCUUUGGAUUCUUAUUGGUUGUCUUAGCAUGCAUUCAAGGUAAUUGGUUCCCUAUAAUUGAUGGAUUAAUAUUUGCUUCUGCUCAUCUUCCAGCGGGUAUUACAAAGGCAUUGGCUGCAUCGGUUGAUUAUGAUUUUACUUUCGAUCCUGCUUCUGGCAACUCUGCCAAUUUUGCUGUGGAAGCAGGUCAAUUCAUUUCUGCCUUCCUUGUGAUUACUGGUUUAUAUCUUCCAAUCUUGUUAUAUCAUCUGCACAUAUUAUCACAUAUAGCCAUGUAUUUGACUAUAUUGGGUGGGAUGCUUAUUUACGGAACGAUCUAUACGUUCAGCAGUUACUUUGAUCCUCAGGAAGAAGAGGACGAUGUAGGUAACAUGGCAAACAUAUGA